AUGCCCUCCAACCCUUGCACCAAGGAGACGCCCAACAGCAACUUGACUGAGAGAAACCUCGCUUUGCACAAUAUCAUCGAAGAAUCUGAAGAGUCAGGCAACGGUGUGACGUCGUGGAUAGAGAAAGUUAUAGCUGAUGAGCGAAUCCAUCAAUACUUCUCUCAGCUCGGGAUCCAACGCUUGAGCGAGCAUGACCAAGACAAUGUCGACAUCGAACAGGCUAUGGAUCAUCUCAGUCAGGCUACCUUCACCUCGAACUCCGCAGAGACUCAUAACCAAACCAAUGAGAGCCUGAAGCUCUUUGAACAGCAGCCAGGAGUUUACCGCGAGACCCCUCUUGAACGCUUCUUGACCCCGGACGGAUGCAGUGACCUUAGCUUUUACGCUCGGGAAGCCCUAUCACAAAUGGGCACUGAACUUGGAGAUAUGGAGGGACAGGAUAAGCGCAAAGCGAAAGCCAAGGAAAAUAUGGAAUUGGUUACCCGCAACAAGCGUAGAAAGAGUGAGGAAGGGGCUGUUAGGUGA